AUGUCCACGGCUGAACGUUAUGAAUAUGCCAAGAGACGUCGUCGAGAGCAACUCGAACGUUAUUUUGCCGCGGUAGGAAAUGGUCAGACUACAACUGAUCAUAAUGGACAACGUAGUAAUAACAAUAAUUAUAACAGUCGAGGUUUAAAAAUCACCUUUAAACCCGACAUCAUCUUACUUGAUUCUGCUGCGAGGAAUGACAUCGAUGAAGUUAGGCAAUUAUUAGAAGCCAAGGUUAAUCCGAAUGUUGCUAAUUGCGAUGGCUUAACAGCUCUACAUCAGGCUGUCAUAGAUAACUGCUUGGAGAUGUGUCAACUAUUAAUUAACUUUGGUGCUGACGUAAAUGCCUUAGACAAAGAAUCCUGGUCGCCACUACAUGCUGCUUGUAUGUGUGGCCAUGUAGAUAUUGCUAAAUUGUUGAUCGAUAACGACGCAGAUGUAGUCGCUUUGAAUAUUGAUGGUUUGAUGCCAUGUGAUAUGGCGGAAGAUGAGCCAAUGGUAUUCUAUAUCGAUGAAGUUAUGGAAAGCAAAGGACUUAACGAAGAAAGUGUUAUGGCCAUUCGCAAUCGAGCUGCUGAUCAGAUGUUGGAUGAUAUCAAAGAUGCAGUGAGAUCUGGGCGAGAUUUAGAAGUUACAGAUGAACACGGUGCUACCGCUUUACACAUAGCUUGCGCUAAUGGCUAUUAUGAUGUAGCUGAAUAUCUCUUGAAGAAUGGGGCUAAAGUUGACAAGAAAGAUAAGGAUGGUUGGGAGCCGAUUCAUGCAGCAGCUUGUUGGGGCCAGGACGGUGUACUAGAAUUAUUAGUUAAAUACGGUGCGAAUGUGGACGCUGAAACGAAUAAUUAUGAGAGACCUUUCGAUUUGUCGGAAGAUCCAGAUACUAAAAGAUUAUUAACAUUACUGAAACGAAAAGCCGAACAGCAGUUAUUUGCUCGACGAUCCAGUUCUACGUCUCGACCCAGAAGCAACUCUCGAAGUCAAGCUAUUAAAAGGUUAUCUAUAUCGGAGAAAUCUAAAGUUUCCUAUUCAGAAGCUGUCGCUGAAGCCAAGCUACGUUCUGAAGCGGUAUAG